UUUGUUAAAAAUAGAGAAACGUAUGCAUUAUUGAUGCACGCAAGAUGUGAUUGGUCGUGUGUUAAAUAUUCUUUAAAACUUCAUCAAUCAUUGUUCAUGUUGAUAAACAUAUCAGAAUUAUUUUGUUUAUAGUAAGAAUGAUUGAGCGAAAAUUCUUUUGUUUUGUUUCGCUUAUUAAAUAAUUUUAAAAGAAAGGCGAGAAAUUGGGACAGGUAGGGAGAAAAGUCAGAAAAAUUAAACGAGGAAAAUGUGUUUCUUGUUUCAAUCUGUAAAAAAAUAAGGUGGUAUAUACAAUCUGGUCACAAAAACGAAUCGAAAUUGCUGAACAAGAUGGAAUAUUAUACACUUAAUUCAACACAUAUGCUGACAUUAUCAAAUUCUGUUCCAUCCAACAUUGAGAACAACCCGUUCCACCUGCCGAAACAAAAUCAGACACAUUAUUUGCAUCAUGAUGCUAUGCAAAACCCGCAACGAACAUAUGAACAUGGAUUCCAUCUUCCCAUACAACACGACAACAGCAUAAGAAAUCUAAUAACAAGAAAUGACUCUCCUGGAUUAUAUCCUCAGUAUCAACCUAUGUUGUAUGCACAGCAUAAUCUUUGGCAAGAAUUUGACUCUGGAAUAAACUAUCACGGUCUUCAAGAUCCUAUGCAAAGAAGCAGUAAGCAUAAGCGGCCACGAAUGAGUUUACAGAAAAGAUUGUUGGUCAAUGCAAGAGAAAGAGAACGUAUGAGAGUGUUAAAUAAGGCGUUUGAAUCGCUACGAGAUGCUCUUCCCUGCUACAUAGCUGAUGGCCACAUGGCAAAGAUAACUACGUUAAGAUUGGCUAUCAAUUAUAUCAAAGCUUUAACAGACUUACUUAAUCAAAAUAAAAGUAAGGACAGUGUGGAACAUUCUGAGGAAAUCAAUCAACACGACGAAUUAUUAUCAAAUAUUCUAAACGAAAAUCGAAAGGACGAAAUGAAACCUUCACUAACACAAAUUGACAAUCGGCUCAUGAAACAUAAUUUUACUAGACAGUCAGAAGCUUAAAUUUAUCAAACAACAUUCUAGGUGAUUUUAGAAGUAAUUUCGAUAAGAAUUCCUGUCGUUCUGUUUAGGGUUUUAAUCAUUCAUUUAUACAUAUUAACGUUUAUAUGUUUCGCUUAUCGUCUCACUCUAAUCUGCAUACAUAAUACCCUGAAGACGAAACUCGCUUCGGUCUAAAUUUUAUUUCGAUCUUUUUGACAAGUGAAAAUUUUACUAUGAGUGUAAAAGCUUUGUGUGAACAGACCGAAGUAAAAUCUCAGGGAAAGUGCUACUGCGCAUGUGUUGUAGCUAACCAUAUGCUGAGCGUAAAGAUAGCUUAAAAUCUUACUUUACUUCAGGUGAAGCAAAACUGCCCUUAGACUUUCCCUUCAGUUGCAAGAACCAAAUCGGUAGCCUAGAAAAAAAUUUCAGAAUGAUGAUAUUGCGAAGUACCUUUU